AUGUCUUUCCAACGGCUGCUGCCGCUCGGCGUUCUGGCCGCCACGGCCUCUGCCACGGCCCUGCCUCAGUUCCCCAAGCCCUACCCCAAGAUCGCCCGUGAUGUCACGCCUUACACUCCGCUGGGUUGCUUCGUCGACAGCGGCGAGCGCAUCUUCCCACACCGCGUCAUCAGCAGUCCCGACAUGACGGCCGCCAAGUGCGCUGAGAACUGCGAAGGAUACGAUUACUUCGGCACGCAGUGGUCGUCCGAGUGCUACUGCGGUAGCGUUGCUCCAACCGUACCAGCCGACCCGUCCGAGUGCAACAUGCCGUGCUCCGGCGACCCUAACGAGAUUUGCGGCGCCGGCAUGCGCCUGACCGUCUACCAGUUCGACAAGGCCCCCGUCAGCUACCCGGACGUGAAUGGCUAUGAGUAUCAGGGCUGCUACACCGACAACAUGUCGCUGCGUGUGCUCGGUGGUAAUACCUUCGGUGGCGCCAACAUGACCCUCGAGUCCUGCGCUGCCUUUUGCAGUGGCUACGGCUACUCCAUCUUUGGCACCGAGAACGGCAACGAGUGCUUCUGCGGUGCCUUCCUGGACGAAGACAGCGUCAAGGUCUCUGAGGCCGAGUGCCCGAUGACCUGUAAGGGCAACGAGAAUCAGAAGUGCGGCGGUCCCAGCCGUCUGAGCGUGUACAAACUGCCAAAUAGUAACCCUCCGUUCGUCCCUGCGGUGGUGGACGAGUUCCGCUAUGAGUCUUGCUGGGUCGACGACGUCAACGACCGCGCCCUUACUUCUGUCGACUGGCGUGACGACACCAUGACCAUUGACAAAUGCGCCGAGCACUGCAAGGACUACCUGUACUUUGGCCUGGAGUAUGGCCGCGAGUGCUACUGUGCCAACGAAAUUAGCAGCGGCCAAGCUGUCCCUGAAAAGGAGUGCGCCAUGCUGUGCCCCGGCGAUGCCACGCUCUUCUGUGGUGGUGGCAGCCGUUUGACUUUGUACAAGCGCGAGGACUGCGAUGAGCCCGAGCCGUCGACCACUGGCGCUCCGGAGCCCACAGACACUGCCGUUCCGACCGAGACUGCUGAGCCGACCGCUCCCGUCACCACCACUGCCACUGCCACUGCCACUGCCGAGCCCACGGCCACACCCAUCCUCGACGGCACCUUUGAGAGCGGCCUCGGCUCCUUUACCGUUGUCGACAGCGAGCUGAACCUCGACUACGAGAUCACCGACACCCUGACCCACGCCGGCCAGGGAGCGCUGCUGGUGAAGAACAAGGACGAGAACAUCGGCGUGCUCAUCUUGGAGACAACUGUGACAGUUGAACCGAGCGCCACAUACGCGUUCAGCUUGUACUACUGGCAUACUAACCCCGACGCAUACACAACGUUGUACCUAUCCGCCGGCGGUGACGUCAACAACAGCGAUGAAGAGGCCGACCUGCAGCAGAGCCCUGCCAACCAGUGGCUGAGCCAGUCCGUCACCUUCACUACGGAGGCCGAUCAGACGAGCAUCAAGCUCGAGAUUAUUGUUGGCGCUGUUGGCUUUUCGGGCAACGGCUCGCCCGAGUAUAGCGAUGAUCUGUACAUUGACGACGUUACUCUUGUUCGCAUCUAA